CCACCUAACACCCAGAAAACACAAACCAAAACAAAUAGGGAAAAGGGGGGAGGGAAAAAAAGGAACGGAACCGGGGGCAGAGCCAGCCGGGGAGAAAGGCAAUUUUUUCACUCUGCGCCAGGAGCUUCGGAACAAAACCGUUUGCCUGCUAACCCGCAGCGUCGCCCCCAGCCCAAACUCUGAGUCUACUAUGCUAUGUGUUGCUGGGGGGGGUCCAGGAGAUUCGUGGGGGAUCCUUGCCUUCCUGUGUGCUACGCUCUGGAACCUGCCUGUAGUGCCUGCACUGAACAGCACGGACCAAGUGACUACCACCAGACAGUCCAUCCAGCAGACGUACGACCUUACUCGCUACCUGGAACACCAGCUGCACUCGCUUGCGGCUACUUAUCUCAGCUACCUGGGGCCACCUUUCAAUGAGCCGGACUUUGAUCCUCCCCGGCUAAUCGGGGCAGAGGCUGUGCCCAGCGCCACCGUGGACUUUCAGGAAUGGCACAGCCUGAAUGACAAUGCCCGGCUGGCAGCCAACUACCAGGCCUACAGCCACCUGCUGUGCUACCUGAGCACCAUGGAUGGGAAAUCCCCAGUCGCCAUGCCCACCCUGCGCCACAGCCUCGCACACUUCCGCGCCAGCCUGCAAGGGCUGCUGGGCUCCAUCGCCGGCAUCAUGGCUUCCCUGGGCUACCAGCUUCCGCCCACACCGACGGAUGGUACGCCUCCGCUCCGCAGCCAGUUCCUGCGCAAGAUGGACGACUUUUGGCUGCUCAAGGAGCUGCAGACCUGGCUGUGGCGCUCGGCCAAGGACUUCAACAGGCUGCGCAAGAGGGUGCCCCCUUCUGCUGUUAUGCUGCACCUCGAGAGCAGGGGCUUCUGAGCCCUGCCCUUCACCAGCCUCUCUGCCUUCGCCUCGUCCACUGACGUCAUACCUGCCCCUCAAGGCCAAGGGCUUUCCAGAGCCCCCCCCCCUGAACCCACAGCGUGCCUGCCCCUCUCCACCUCCAACCCACCUCCAACCUGACUCCUGCUGCCACACCUUCAUGGUGCUGCACUGCUCUCUAUUAUGAAGCCGUGCCUCUAGGUGAGCAAACCCACACCUAUCUGUUUCUUCCUUUCCUUCCUUCCUCCGCCUUCUCAGUGGCCUGCCUUUCUCUUGUUCUUCCCAGAGGGGGCCAUUAAUUUUCCAGGAUCAGAGGAAAAGCCCUGCUCCCUCCCACCCCAGUGAUGAGCAAUAAAGCCCUGGCUGCAGGGCAGCGAACAUCUGGCAGCCUCCACCUCUGGCACUCUGCUCUCCUUAAAUGGAGCUCCCCCAGAGCCUGGGUUCCUGCUUGUGCGCUCUCUCUCUCUCUCUCUCUCUCUCUCUCUCUCUCUCUCUCUCUUCUCAUAGAGUAUUGUGCCAAUUAGGUGCUUACGAAGGGGGUUUACUUCCCACAAACCUGCCUCUGAUCAAACCCGCUGGCUCAAGAUGAUGCCCAGCUCUGGCCUUCCUUUCGGGCCAUGAACUCUGCAGCAGGGGUGGGGAACCUUCCUGAAGCUGGGGGUCACAUCCCCACCUGGUUAAUUCCUCCAGGCGCCAAAAGCAAAGCAGACAGAGCCAGAGCUUGCAGCAAGUGGAGAUACCUUAUGCCGUCUUUCACCCCCCAACACAUACAUGUGCACAGACAUGCAUGCAGAGAACUUCCCUCUCUGCAGUCUCAUCUCUAUCCACCAGCUGCUCAGGAGAUUGGGUGGUAGAUGAGCGGCGGGCUGCAAAGGGAGCUGCCCCACACUCUUUCUCAGACACAUGCAUGCACAUUGCGCUGCAAACACGCACAACCUCCCCUCCCUGCAGUCUCCUUCUGACUGAGGAACAGAUGAGCAACAAGAAAGAGAGCAGUGUCCCAGGCCUGCUCCCUUGAUUCCUGAUCAGCUAGGCAGCAGGUGGGGCUGGAAGAUUGCAGGCUGGCAGUUCCCUACCCCUGCUCUAGAGGCAACCUCACCCCGCAAGGGCAAAAUGGGACUCUGAAUAGGCGUUGCAAUGAGGCAUGAAAAAUAAGGGAUAUGGUUUAAUGCAGGCACUGGCGAGCUUUCAGCCUUUUUCUCUCUCUUUUGCAGUGGUCAACUCAAGAGGCUCCCCUAUCAUUCAUCAAAGCCAAAAGCUGCAGCAGAGUUGCCCACGACAGGGACAUCUUCUUAGCCAGCCCCAGCAGUGGUCUCCGCCUGCCUGUACCUCUCCCUCCCCACUGUGGCAGGCGGGCCUAGUGAGGCUGUGCGGUUUACUGUCACCAGCAAAGGACAAGGGGAGGAGUUUCCCAUAGGUGGCCCAGUCCAUAGGUCUCUCUCUCUCUCUCCCCUCCCCUCUCCUUCUGCCCCCCUCCCCACUGUCAGGUUGUGUUAUUCUCAGUUUGUCUGUAUUAAUAUUUAUUUAUUUUCAGAUGUUAUUUAUUAGAUUGUAUUUAUUGCAGAAUUUCUAUUCUUGUAUUAACAAAUAAAAGGCUUUCUCCAGGA